AAACAACAUCAUCGCGCGGCGUAAGGUGCAACCUUGUCAACGCUCACCAAUUAUCGAAUAUCAUAUCUACAAUUAUUCAUGACUUUGAUGGACGCAGCUUUUCUAUUUUCUUCUUGCCCAGCACUCGAUGGCAACAGCUUGGUCUAGCUACUGCCUAAUAUCGCUCUCGUUUCUUACGCGUCGCCGAUUCUGAACGCCGUCCCCGAAGCUACUCGUCGCGCAUCGCCAACGACUGCAUUGAACCGAUUUUCCGCGCUCCCACGGCGCCUGGCGCCCACGACCGAAGUCGAGAUCUACCAUAACAACGCCAGCUACACGUCACGAUGGCGUCUCUGACCGGCGCCGACCAAUAUUUUGUUUAUGAGAAUAGACUUGCGUCUUUUCUCGAGCCUCAACCGGUUGCCAAGAGACGCGCGUCCAACGCUGGCUCAAGGACGCCCAAAACGUUGACAUGGCCGCACAAAUUCCUGCCGCCAUUCGAGCUUGCCAAGGCGGGCUUCUAUUUCGAUCCGCACCCAUCAAAUCCCGACAACGUAACUUGUUUUCUGUGCCACAAACAAAUGGAUGGCUGGGAAGCCGAGGAUAACCCGAUAGAAGAACACCUCAAGCACUCUCCUAGUUGCGGCUGGGCCGUGACUGCCGCAGUUGAGGCCGAGUGCGAUGGCCUGGAGCAGGUAGACCCUAGGGAGGCCAGGCUGCUUGAGGCGCGCAAGGCCACAUUUGCAGGAAGGUGGCCAUACGAGUCCAAAAAGGCGUGGAAGUGUAAAACAAAGCAGCUCGCUGAAGCCGGGUGGAUUUACACACCAACAAACGAGUCGGACGACAACACCACUUGCGCCUACUGCCAGCUAGCACUGGAUGGGUGGGAGGCGAGCGACAAGCCAAUAGACGAACACUAUAAGCGGUCACCAGACUGUCCUUUCUUUGAAUUCAUCAACAGCAGACCACCGCCGAAGAAGACAAGGGCAAAGGCAGCUAGGGGAUCCAAAGCAUCACGAGCUUCAACACAGUCUGCUGCCACGGCCGCAUCAGAUUUGACGACUGUUACCGAUAUUCCUGCCGAUUACGACGACAGUGUUAUGACAACCGCCUCAGUAAUGACACAGAACAGCAAAAAGACAGCUAGGGCGAAGAAAGCCCCUGCCGCCAUAAAAGCCCGUAAGGCGCGUACCAAGAAGGAAGAGCCUGUAGAGAUACAUGAAGAUGUCGAACCUCGAGACGAGGAGAUGCCGCCGCCACCACCACCAAAGCCUGCCCGAGGCCGUAAGAGGGGAAGCGACUCCAUAGAAGACUCGGCCAUCACGAAUUCAGAGGCCCCAGCGCCCAAGAAGCGCGCAACGCGCGUUCGUGGAAGCCAGAACCCGGAUGCAUCGGUGCUCACGACAACUUCACAGGCUGAUGUGGAGAUGGGAGAAAGCACCGCGCGACCAAAAACCACGACUGGGAAGAAACGGGCAACUACGGCAACAUCUACCAAGGCGGCCAAGGCACGAAAGGCCUCAGCUAUGUCUGUGGCAUCGACUGCAUCGGCUGCUUCUAUGCGACGAACCAAAGUUCCUGUGGAUGAUGAGCUGGACCGCCAGCUGCGGGAGGACCUCGACAGGCCGCUGACUGAUGAUGAAGACAUUGCAGCUGAUUCCGACUCGGAGAGGAGGAACGUGCCUGCUGCGACUUAUAAGGCUAAGGGCAAGAAAGCCGCGGCGAGCAAGGCUUCCGCGUCGCAAACACCACAAGAAAAGCCCGAAGAGAGAGACUAUGAGAUGUUUGACCCGACACCGGCCCAGCCAGACGAGGCGGCUGUCGAGGCUGAUCUUCAAGCAUUGGAAGACGAAGUGUCGGUGGCCCAAGAGAGUCAGGAUCUUGUGGUGCCGAAGAAGGGCAAAAAGGCAGGCGCACGCAAAGUCUCCAAGCAGACCAAGAAGGCAAAGGCAUCAACUCCAGAGCCCGCAGCCGAAACGCCUAUGGACCUGGACCCAGAAGAUCAGCCUAAACCUGCAUUAUAUGAUCCAGACGUGGACGAGCUGUCACCCUCUGCCCAGUUGAACGCGGAGGUGGAUGUUUUCCACGAUGCCAGCGAGGUACAUGAUUCAAGCACCGCCACCAUCGUCAAGAAUGAGGCGCCCCCAAAGCGUGGUCGAGGUCGUCCUAAGAAGUCAACAUCGUCACGGUUUUCUUCCAGCAGUCAACUAUCCCGCCCGUCUAUCAAACCUGGACCGUCCCCUUUGUCGGAACAGGAGCCCUUGACGUCUUCAGUCGUCGAUAGUGGUCUCACGCGUCAGACAGGGGCAAAGAAAACACCAGAGCCUGUGCUCGAUUCUCCUGCUGAAGCACAAGUUUCCCCAUCGCCACAGAUACAUAAGCAACAACCUCUCCCACCCGUGGGACGAUCGGCAACACAAAACCAACCAAGCCUUCCGCCACCCGCCACCCCUUCUGCUAAGCAAGCUGUGCUGUCACCCUCCCAAUCGCCUCAGUCAUCGGAUGCAGAGAAUCAGCCCCCAUCUUCCAGGCCACCCGCAACCGCCGUCUCCAAACGUGUGGUACUAGCACCUGCAGCCAGCAGCGCCCAAAAGCCAUACGAUGACCCGGUUUCUACCCCUGUGAGAACCACAUCUCCAAUGAAGAAACGCGAUGGCGGCAACCCCCGGCUCAUAGGUGGGCUACAGAGUGCAACGCCGUGGACAGCAGUGGAUAUCGACCUCAUUUUCGCAAACCACGAUACCCUGAUUGGAGCGGAUGAUGAAAACAUGGACAAGGAAGCCACUAGCUCAAAGCAUGUUCACAAGUUCCUCACUCAAGGUGGUGACCUCAGUUCACCUGAGAGCCGGAUGACGGUUGAAGAGUGGAUUUACCACAACGCGGGCAGGGCAGAGCAGAAGCUCAAGUAUGAGUGUGAAGCCCUGGUAAGCUCGUUUGAGAAGGAGGGGACGAAAGCUAUGCGGGUCCUCGAAGAGCUUGUUGUGGAGUAACGGUGCAAAAUAUCCGAUGUGAAAGCCGUGGCUCCCGUACAAAGGACUAUUUACUUAAUGUUCACGAAAGUCCUUUAAUGAUAUGAUGCGUGGGCGGCGUUCGAAAGGCGCUGGCGCUGCUUCUACCCCUUUUGAAUUGUUUAUUUUCUUGUUUCGUAUUGUCCUGUUGGUAAUAUACGGCUAUGUUUUUCAUACCUCUGGUUUCCAUCUUUGCCCAGGUUUUCUAGGGGUUUACUUAACGGUCACGGUAUAGCGGUGUUCAUCACGACUGUCUCAUGCACUUAUGCUAUCAAUGAAGAAACCAAGUCUUUCCUUCUGAUUAUUUUCCUCCUUACAAAAUCAAAA